AAUGGCAACUUGGCAAGGUAAGAAGCGAACUUGCAAAGCUAUUUUCACUUGGUCAGUCAAAAGCUCGUUUGAGUGAACUGAUCACUCGAGUUUGAGCUUCUGAACUGCCCCGCCCAACUCUUGCGUUCUGCUAGAAUCGCAGUUUCGAGAUGGUGAGCGGGACCGACGCUCCUGCGGAGGUUAUCAACGAUCGGGACGAGGCGCACGUUAUCUCCGCCGGCGACGACGUCGUCAAGCUUCUCACCGACGCCGUCCGUACUUUGCAUCCGCAAGCGGUGAAGGACUUGCUGUCCUUGGAGGUAUGCAUUCGCUGCAUCUUCCGACUUUUUGGUGUUCGUGAAUGUAUUUACAAUUGCACCUUGCUCUCACCAUCAAUCUUGUAUUCUAUUCUUGGGAAAGCAUUGGAUUUAGAGGGAGAUUUGGUAGAUAAUAGUUCUAGAGCAAAUGAAGAUCCGAGCAAGCAACAUUCUACUAAAGAAUUGGAAAUCGAGCCAAACUUCUGUAGAAUAUGUUUAGGUAUCUUGCAGUUUGUUUAUCAUGAUGACAAGAAUAUGUUGGUGAGGAGGGAUAGUGCCCAUGACUUUGCUGUAAUAAUUGCGGAAGUAGUAAAGCAAGGAGGCCAUCAGAUUGAUAACUUUUCUCUUGAAGUCUCCGUCCCACCUAGUAUAAUAGAAAAUGAACAAGCAGUUAGGCUGUAUAUGCAAAGGAAGUACAAUUCAGAAGUUUGGUUCCGAGAAAAGUUUAUAUCAGAAUGCGUUCCUGCAAAGGAGUUCUUAAAAUUGUCUAUAGCUACUCCACUUGAAACGUUAUUGGGUGCUCAAUGUGGUCUAAGCUCUUUUCGGAUCCGUUUGACAUUCGGCCACUCUGAAGCAUCAAUAAAGGUUCCAGAUUUUGUAGAGAAAAAAGAAUGCAACAAGAGAAGGAAAACAGGUGCCAGUGAUGACUUGGGCACUGCUGGCAUAGAGUGUUCUUAUAUAUCUGCAAAUGAAAAUCAUGUCACCAAAAGGUCUCUUAAUGGGGUGCAAGAUCAUGACUUUCCUGAUUGUCUUAAACUCCAGUUGGAGAAGGUCAAUGAACCUUGCCACUUGACAUUACUUUGCUGUAGGGCCCCUAUCUACAUUGGUGGAAGAUACCUGAAGUAUUCAAGAAAUGUGAGUCAGACUCGUUGGAUUAUUGAUGAUGAAAGAAUGGGCGAAGCAUCUGUUGAGGAGAUAAUAGGUAGCAGCAUCCUUCCUAUGUGUCAGGGUGAUAAUUACAAGUUUCAUGCGGCCGGUAGAGAGGACAUCGAUGUCCGGAUGUUGGGUUCCGGUCGGCCUUUCCUGGUUGAGAUACAGAAUGCACGCCAUGUCCCUUCCGAGGUGGUCAUAAAAGAAACGGAAGGGAAAAUGAAUAUGCUGGAAAAUAAAUUAGUUAAAGUAAAAAAUCUGAGGAUGUUAGGUAACGAGGGGUGGACUAUGAUGCGUGAAGGAGAAGCAGAGAAGCAGAAACAAUAUACUGCGCUAGUGUGGAUUUCUCGGCCACUCAAGGAUGAUGACUUGCAAAGGAUAGCUUCACUGAAGGAAAUGCAAAUUUUGCAGAGAACACCAAUAAGGGUUCUUCAUCGUCGAAGUCCAUUAGAGCGGCAAAAGGUUAUACAUUGGAUGAAAAUUGAGAGAAUUACUGAAAGUUCACAAUAUUUUCUCUUGCAUCUAUGUACCCAGGCUGGAACUUAUAUCAAGGAAUUUGUCCACGGAGAUUUCGGGCGGACCCAUCCUAGCAUUGGCUCAAUUCUUGGAUGCAGGGCAGAGAUAUCGCAACUUGAUGUCACGGACGUGAAAAUGGACUGCUUCCUUGGUUGAUACGGCUGUCGAGUAUUCUAAAUAGAUGCUUUUACUUUGAGAUUGUAAGUACUUUCUACUUGCAUUUUCCUAGUAUCAGGUUGUCAAUUAGCAGAAAGAAAAGCGGAAAAACAUUUUUUAUUUUUUAUUUAAAAAAGGAGGGUUUUGUACGACCUUCUGUUCGAAUUUAAUUUUUAUUUUAUAUCUUUCUCUGUCCAUUUCAGCAUCUUAGGUUGUAGUCUAGCUAUGUUAUUUGUCAGGACUAUAUAUAUGAGAUAAUUAAUAAGUGAGAAAUUAUUCUUUUGGUAAAUGAGAAAUUAUUCUUUUGGUAAAUGAGAAAUUAUUCGAUACAUGUAAUAUUAUCCAAAUAGUCAUUAGAAAGUUAGAAAAUGAUUUUUCUCAAUUUACCAAUUUGAUAUCGUUAAAUCA